AUGGAGACACCCUUGACCCAACAAUCAAGGCCAGACUCUUUUGAACCCAAAAUCAUCCAGCUCUAUCUCCAUCUCUUCAACGUUCUUGCAAACGAGGAUGUCUAUGAUGUGGUGCCUUCCGAAGGGUUUUGGCGGGAAUUCUUCCUGCUCAAGCCCGACAAACAGCGACUCUAUGACAUUCUCGAGCCCAUGACUGCUUUUGAUCUGGUCCACAUGCAAGCUCAGAUGAGGGUAUUCUUCAAGCGUGCCAUAGCUGAAGCAGGCUCAGGAGAUUUCCCACGCAAUGAAAAUGCUCUAGACAACCUGACAGCUUUCCUGUGCGCUGUCUUUACCAAGAAGUACACCAACCCCAAUACCGAUGUCAUUGAAGUACUUGCCGGGCUGGACACGAUUGAUAGAUUGAUGUCCGACCUUGUCCAUAUACUUGAAACAACCAUCCGCCAGGCGGAUAAAGAUGCUUUGCGAAGCAAAGCACUCGAUACCGUCCUGGCACUGGUUGCGGGCGGAUUUCACACAAGUCUCGUUACCUAUUUCAUGCACCGUGAUCUGUUCUCGGCGUUGACAAAGUAUGUCCACGAUAUACCCGAAUCUCCCAUCACCGCUCUCAAAUCGUCCAUUGUCAUCGGUAUAUUGUCCAGUUACAACAAAUUUGAAGCUCAGAACGUGUACCAGAACCGGCUGGAGGAUUUCGUCAACGAGGAAACAAUCCGGCUUCUGGUUCGUAAUUUCGCCUCGGCUUGUUUGGCUAUACGUGAACAGUACGUGUUUGUUCAAGAUGAUUAUCCUGCACCAUGGAGCCUGAAUUCGACACUGGUCAUGGUCGGACUUCGGGCGUUGUCAACUGACGCAAAGAAACCAGCGCCUCCCUCGGAGGAGGAAGCCAAGUCUUUGCUCCUUUCCCUGCCCGGGGAAGAUGCGGCUUGUAUUCUUUCGCUCUACUCUUUCACCCAGGCAAACAGACUAUUCGCCGCGAAUCUUUUGAACUUGCCCGCCGACAAAGACCGGGAGACACCCUUUUCUGCGUUCCUGUCGAUGACCUCAUAUAUCUCACAUCAUGCCUACCGGGGACCACGACAGUCAACGUACGCUGUUUUGAGCUUGCUGUCCAUCAGGAUCAUCGUAGAGGACCCUGUCCUGGCCAAAAGAAUUUGUUCGGCGGAUGCGAAGACCUUAUUUAGAUUGUGUCGUCAAAGGCCACCUCACCUUCCAUUGGUCACCUCUGCCCGGAUCCCAGCGACUGCGAUUCUGGAUGUAUGUACGGACAUUCUCAGCCACAAUCUGAGAAAGAGGCUGGACGUGCGGUUGUACAGCCUUGCUUUGGGUAUCAUCUUACGUAUAGUUACCCACCUGGAACAGACCAAAACACGUCUUCAGCAUCAUUGGGCAUACAUUUGGGGCUCGCUCUUGUCACUCAUGCGAUUUCUUGCGCAGUACGCCAGCGAUCUGAAGCACGUCAGGGACAUUCGAGAAGAUUUGUGUGCGACACUCGCGAGUCUCGCUGCAUUCUGCCUAUCCAAGGGUGAUGGAUUUUUACCAGAUCCGUCCAGUUUUGACGACUUCUUCUACAAGCUCAUCGAGGCAAAUGAUGUUCUGCACAGGUUCAAACAAGCAUAUUGCGACGGAGCCCACUCCGAGACUUUGAAGCGAUCGAUCGAGGCGCUGAUCAGCGUCUCAUCUCAUUAUCAUGAAUUAUUGAAAGUACAACAUGGCAAGAAGACGCAUCAGUCACCGGCAGCAAUUCAAAAGGUCAUCAAGGAAGGCUAUGAAACGUUGAAUCUCGAAGUGGACGAAGGGUUUGGCCGGUGGGACAAGUGGCGUGAAAGCAACUGGAAAGCUGAAGUGAAAAAGAUGAUCAGAGUAGCGGUUGAAGACGCCAGAAUCUUUGCUCUGAGAUGA